GUCAACACAGCAGGCUAAUCUGCUCAUGCUCGCCAUGCCGGUGCCACCUCACAUUAUCUUCUGCAUUUUGUUUUCUGCCCUGACUGCUGCUUCUACGGAAAUGGCCCAACCGUAUCUUUCCUGGCACGCCAACGACGAUGACGCUGCUUUCGGCCAUCCGAUGAAUUCCUGCAUCACACCCAAGUCGCCGGCACUGUUGCUGAAUCCGGUUGCUCAUCUUAACUGUACCCCAUCACCCCUGGCGGCAUCAUUCGAUGCGCGGCUGGAAUACCGACUGCCACUGACAUCAACUCGGCAAGCUAUAAAGGAGCAAGCGCGGCCAGAGACGCUUUGUGGGCCCGGCUGCUGUGCGUCAACACAGCAGACUAAUCCACUCAUGUUUGCCAUGCAGCUAAACACGUGGUGGCACAGUAUUCCGGAGGGCGAUCGGGUGGCGUAUGGCCUGAUUGCAGCCAACGCUGUAGUCUUUCUGCUGUGGCGAGUUCCCCGGAUGGAGCCUGUUAUGCUGCGAUACUUUGUCUCCCAUCCGACAUCCAAGCCAUUGUGCCUGCCGAUGUUCCUGUCGACAUUCAGUCACCAUUCAUUCUUCCACCUGGCAGCCAACAUGGUGGUGCUCAACAGCUUUGCACCAACUGCAGUGGCCUUGCUGGGGCGAGAGCAGUUUCUCGCCAUGUACAUUAGUGGCGGUGUUGUGUCGUCCCUUGCCAGCUACCUGAACAAGGUUGCCGCUCGCCGAGCUGCCAUGUCUCUGGGUGCAUCCGGAGCAAUUCUGGCUGUGAUAGGAGCCCUGUGUGUGCAGUAUCCGGAUGCACAGCUUAGCAUCAUCUGCCUGCCUUUCUUCACCUUCUCAGCAGCUGCGGCAUUGAAAGGUUUGUUGGCAUUUGACACGGCUGGCAUGCUGUUUCGGUGGCACUUAUUGGACCAUGCGGCCCAUUUAGGAGGCACUGUGUUUGGAAUGGGCUACGUGCUCUAUGGCCAGGAGAUAUGGAAGCGCAGGGAGCCCAUUCUCAACACGUGGCACCAGCUGCGUGAAGGCUGGGGUCGUAGGUGAUUACCUUCGUGUUUAGUGUGGCAGGAUCACACUGCUUACUGGGUGAUCCUAUUCUGUGUACCCUUAAUGAAUGAGUUGUUGUCUUCUAUAAGCACGAAUAAAAACGGUGUAUAUUUGCAGUGUAUGCACA